AUGAACCGAUCCAACGGCACGCAGGUCCUUCUGAGGCGCCUAGACCUCGGACUGGCUGGUAACUUCAGUUGCGAAGUCACCGCCGAAUCGCCAUCUUUCGCGACUCAAAUAGCCACAAAGUUCAUCGACGUCAUCGCGCUGCCUGUUUCGGAUCCCACUUUGCAUGCGGAUAAGGACCGGUAUCAGCCAGGAGAAACUUUGAGAGCAAACUGCUCUUCGGCUCCCGCCAGACCUGCAGCCAACCUCACUAUUUACGUUAACGAUGACCCUCAGCGUUCGUCGGAGACUAGCCUUCAUUCGUCGGGCAAUGGGUUGUUCACUACACGGGUAACGGUUGAACUGGUGGUGACGCCAGGGCUGUUUCCUGGUGGUCGACUGAGGCUGGAGUGCGCGGCCACGAUAUUCGACGUAUACGCAAGAACGGCAAAAUUAGACUUCUUCACGCCCGAUACAGAUCCGAGACCUGAGAGAAUCACUCUCAACGGCGGUGCGCCUACGUACUACCGGAAUCUGUUUCUCCUCUUUCUCCUGCUGUUCUUACCGACGGUCUUCUGCCAGGAUUACGGCGAGUACGAGAGCGUUUUCGACGGAUCUGCAUUGGGAGUUGUAUUAUCAAAAGUUUAUAAUACGUUUCACGAGGUACCCACAAGAAUAACUCCAUUUAAGCCAAAAGUUCUCGGAAAGACAUGCCUCCUUAAGCCAGAUACUGGUCCAUGUCGGGGUGACAUUGCCAUGUACUAUUUUAAGCCAGAAACUAUGAAAUGUGAGCGGUUUAGCUGGGGCGGCUGUCAGGGAAAUGGAAAUAGAUUCGACACAGAAAAUGAAUGCAUGGAGACAUGUCUGUCUCAACCGAGUAAGCCUUCUGUUCGCCCAAAGUGGUGCCAUCUCGCUUUCGAUUACGGUUUCUGUUUUGGCGCCGUGAAGCGUUGGUACUACGACAAGCAAUGGAAUGUGUGCAAGGAGACAAUAUACUCUGGAUGCGGUGGCAACAAAAACAAUUUCUACAACUCGGAACAAUGCGAUUCCAUUUGCCGCUUCAAUAAAGGUGCCAUCAAAGAAUCAGCCGAUAUAUCCGGAAAUCUAAAAAAAGUUCUGAUUAUUAACCCAUUGCAAGCCAGCCAACCGGGUGCUCUUACCAUACCUACCAAGCCAAAUAAA